AUGUCAAUACCGUUCAAAAGCUUCGUAUUUCAUACGAUCAAAUAUCAUCCUGUUUGUUUAAGUCGUUUUGUCAGUCAACAAUGGAUUGAAGAAUUAUAUUUAAAAGAUGCCAGCACUUAUGGAACAGGUGAUUUUCGAUCAACAGCUAGUUCUCAAUUUCAACUUUUGGCUACUCUUUGUUCGAUCUCUCAAGGUGCCGCCUCUCAAAAACUAAUGGAUUUAGACCACAAUCAGUUUGUCUACAGAGAUGUUCUUCAUGAAAAUCAAGUUCGAUCAAAAGUGGAUGGCACUAUUGAAUUCUUCAAAAGUAACACAUCUAUUCAAAUCAUUACAUUCUUCAAUUACCUUCGAACUACUAUGCAAACAAAUUUCUUAAUGUCUGCUCUGAAUACAAAUCUUCUAUUUCUAGUUGAUUAUGAAGACCGUGCAUAUAGAUUUUACACUAGCGAAAUAUCAUAUUCUAAGUCACGCUUGGAAAGUUCAACGGCGCAAGUAGUCAUGGAUUGUAGUAAUACAAAUCCAACAAGUGCUGUUGGCUUCUUUUCUAUCUUUAAUAAUUCACAGUAUCAAAUUCGUAUGAUAUGGUCAAGUCCACAAUCAAAUCAGCCAUUAGUUCAUGGAUUUUUUACAGGAUGCACUUCUCUUGAAGCCAUUCUUCAAAGUACACUUGAUUGUUUAUAUAGCAUGGAAUGUCUUAAAUUAUUGGCAACUAAAUUCCCAGGCAUUAAUCGAACGUCUUUGAAACCGCUUGCUCCAAUGCCAAAUUCAAAGCAACAAAAUAUGGCCGUAAAAGAUCAUUUAGUUAAUCUUUUCAUUGAAGAAUGGUCAACAGAAAUCAAUUAUCCAAAAUAUUUCGAUGAAUGUGCUCCUUCAGUCUGCACAUACACUACGUCUGAAUCAAUUAAUUUUUUUUAUGCAGUUACUUUAUUUAUUGGUCUCUAUGGGGGUCUUACUAUUAUAUUUCGUUGCAUCGUAUUAUUUCUAAUCAAUAUCUACUGGAAACUGAAGUGUUAUUCGCGAAAUACCAAUGUCUCUCAUGUCAUUCAAAGAACAUCUGCACAUAAACUCAGUCGCUAUAUCAAACAAGUAAAUCUAUUCAAGAAUUUUAAAUGCCGAACAGACAACGAUAUUAAAAUACAAAAGACUACCACCAUCAUCUAUCUAAUUCUGCUAACAAGUUCCUGCAGUAUUAUUAUUCUCUUAACAUUCAUAAGUCCUGAAUUAGCUACAGUAAAAGAAACGGAUCCAUCAUUGUCAACAUAUAACAAUUUAUAUGCGACAUAUUCCCAGACGCUUACAUGUCCAUGUUCCAGUAUGAUAAUAUCUCAUCAGAAUUUUAUUACAUUGUCCCCAAUCUUUCAUCAAAUAUGUUCAAGUGAUUUUGUGAAAGAAGAAUGGAUUUUCUUGUUAAGAUAUGUUAAAACUGGGUAUAAUGUUCCCGAUUGGCGUAAUCGAGCUUUUAACAAAUUUCGUUUAUUAUCUGAUCUUUGUAAAUUGGCUAAAAAAAUGGUUGCCGAAGCGAUUAGUCAUUUUUUUCUGCAACCAUUUGUUGUUUCCAAUAUACUGUCGAAAAACGAUUUUGAUUUUCAAAUCAAUUCGACCCUUACAGGUUUUUUUCGAUCAACAAAUGACUCAUUUAGUCUUCUUAUCGAAACAGAACGACUUCUUAUGCAAGUCGAUCAGCCAUACUCUGGCCCCAUGGGAGGUUAUGGCAAACGCGUUGGAGAAGGAAAUCCAUUUUCAUUACUCUCACCAACAAUGAUCUCGUUAUAUUUCAAUUUGACUGGACCUUUCAGCACUAGACAAGAAUCUAUCAGUUGCGUUUGUGCUGUUGAUAUUAACUGCCGAAUUCCACUCAGUAUUUACGAAACUAAUCGUGGCUGGACACUUAAACCUAAUCAUACGAAAUGGUAUACGGUACCUGGCUCAUUUGCAGGAUGUACAGCUACUGAAUCACUUUUACUUUCAACACUGGAAUGUUAUUAUUCAAAUUUGAAUUGUUUAUCCAUCGUAAUGAACUAUAGUAAACAAAUAUAUCAUGAUAGUGUUCAACAUUCAUCGUGGUUUGAUAUUCGUCCUCUUAUUUACAAUUCACAAUCAAGUCGUUUCUCUCCAAAUACUUCGAUUUCAGCAAUCCUUAAGAACAUCUUCAUUGAACAAUGGAAUUCAUCUUAUUCAUACGAUUCAUUUUAUAAAUCAUGUGCACCAAAUCAUUGUACUUAUUUAGCAAAAGUUCGCUCAAAACCCAGUGAACUAUUAAUGAAAUUUAUAUCAAUAAUUGGUGGAUUAAUUAUUUCAUUACGACUGAUUACACCUCUGUUAGUGAAGUGUUUCUUUUUUUUAUGUAAAAACACUAUUAGAAAAGAACGGCAACAACAAAUUCGUUUCAACCGAUUCAAACAAUUCAAAACAAUUUUGGAAAAACUGUUCACACGUUUAUGCACGCUUGUGAAAGAUUUAAAUAUUUUCCCCAUACACAGUUUUGGUAGCAAUACCGAUCAAGCAAGAGCUAAGCAUCUAGGACAAUCGGCUACUCGUUUGUAUUUUAUUUUAUUUUCUACUAUUCUUAUUAUUCUCGCUAUCUACAAUGGUGUACAACCUACAAAGCAUACGAAAACUUUUGAGAGACCGUAUCUUCAGAAAUAUAAUGAACUUUACCAACGAUAUGGAGAUGAACUAAAAUGUAUGUGUUCAUCAAUUGCAUCACCAUACGAUCGAUUCGUCAAAAUAGAGACGAUGUUUCACGAGGUCUGUUCGAGCCCAUUCGCUUCGAAUAUAGGACGAAGUAUACUUACAGAUGAUACUAUUUCAGCACUAACGUUAUUUGUUAAAGACUAUAGUAGUUUCCUUAAUGCUCAUUUACAAUUCCUUCAAGGAUUAUGUCAACUUUCUAGCCAAACAAUAAACAUUACUAUUGAACAAUUUCGUUUCUCAUUAUUUACCACUGCUGAACUUUUAUCAAAAGCAAAUUUUGAUGCACGCCUUAAUUUAACAAUCCAACAGAAACAAUCAAGUAUUCCAAUUGCAUUCACUCGUCUUCUUUUGUUAAUUCGGAAUCUCAACCAAGGAAAUGCUGUCAUAUCAAAUUAUGGAACAAAUUUUCAUUAUUCUCUUUCACAAGAGAAUCUCAUGGGCAGUUAUCUGCCGAGUAAACCUAUGAUCUAUGACAAUGUCUGUUCAUGUGGAUUGUCUUCGAAUUGCACAACUCAAGCUACUUUUAAUGUAGUAAAUUCAUUAGAACCAAUCGUAAUUCCAGGUAUAAAAAUGGGAUGUAUUCCAAGUGAAUCAUUUCGUGCUUCUACACUUGAAUGUUUCUAUAAUAAAUCAUGCAUUGAUUUAAUUGUACAAUAUAUGAAUCCAAGACGUGAAAAUAAAUCGUCGAAUUCUCUCAAUCCUCUCUCAGCAAUCAAUAGUCGAUUUUCGAUUAACACAACUAUUGCUGUACUUAUCGAUAAUUUGUUUGUUGAAAAAUGGCAGACAACAAUUGAUUAUUCAUUGUAUUAUGAUCAAUGUUCACCUUUAUCAUGUUCUUAUACUUAUAUUCAAAAAUUUAAACUUUUUCAUAUCGUAGGUAUUUUACUCAGUCUUCAAUCUGGUCUAUCAAUCGUUCUUCAAUGGAUUUGUCCUAAAAUCGUCCCAAUUAUAGUCAACAUAUAUCAAUAUCGAAAGCGACAAAGAACAAUUGUACAUUCUACAUGCACAGUUGAACCAAUAUCUGUUGAAAAUAUUAGUACAAAAAAUGUUUCAGACAGAAAUUUAAUAUCUCAGUACGUUUUCUUCAGAAUAAAUCGAUGUUUUUUCAAAGGCAUCAUCAUAUUCGUAUUAUUGUUGUCAAUAAUAGCAGCUAUAAUUGUAUUUUCCAUUUAUAUUGUUCAACAAAAAGCGCAUACGAAAUUAUCAAUAAUAACAACAACUUCAAUGAUAACGAUGACAAGUCGCUUCAGUACAACUUCAAUCACGACUGUACCGACGAAAACUACAACUAAAUACGAAACACUAUGCAAGAUAAUAUUUCAACCAAUAAGAAUUGCUAAGAAAUUCCCUCUGUUUAUGAAAAAACAGCAUUUCAUUGGUGAUUUGAAUAAUGAUGGUGGAAUGGAUCUCGCGUUACUUAAUGUGGAGAAAAAUAGUUUGUCUUUGUACAUGGGUAAUGGUUUUGGAAGAUUUGAAACAGAAAUAGUUUACAAUGAUUUUAAACUGAAUGUAACACAAUUUCUUUUUGCUGAUUUCAAUAAUGAUAAUCGACUCGAUCGAAUAAUUUUCAGUAAAUUACAUGGCGUAUUGACUGUGGAUUUGCAAGAAGAUCGUGGCCGUUUUGAUCGCGCCUUUUAUCAUAUCAUCGGAACCGAUACCAAAACGAUAAUUACAGCUGACUUGGAUGGGGAUACAUGUAUGGAUAUUGCCUACACCUAUGUUUCUUCUAUAUUUCUUGAUCUUGAUAAUUAUCUUGGUGUAAUAUUUGGACAAUGUAACGGAAAAUUUGCACGAUUUAAAAGAUACGACUCGGGUGUUAAAAGCAGUCCAAUAAAAAUGGUAGUUGCUGAUUUUAAUCUCGAUGGUUAUCUAGAUAUCUCUGUGCUCCUGCAAUAUAGUAAAAGUAUUGGUAUUUUUCUUGGAUACGGUAAUGGAACAUUUCAAGAGCAAAAGAUUUCUCCAAAUCCCGGCCUUCACUUUUCGGAGUCUUUUGUAGUUGGUAAUUUUAACAACGACUCUCUAGCAGAUGUCGCUAUAUCUUAUGCUAACAGAGAUUAUAUCAAUGUGAUGUUUGGUUAUGGUAAUGGAUCUUUAGGCGAAACAAAGGUGUUUUAUAUAGGCGAUACACCAAAUUAUGAAUUAUUUGUCAAUGAUUUUAAUGGCGAUCAGUUUCUAGAUAUUGGUUUUGGUCGAACAGGUCGUGAAAUAAAUGUAUUGAUAGGAGAUGGAAACGGAAACUAUGAAUUACAAACGGUGCAUACCACAAGCAUUGUUGAUCGAAGUGGUUGGAUUAGUAUUACAGAUUUGAAUAAUGAUGGACGUAAAGAUAUGAUCGAUGUAGAUGAAUCUAGUGGAACUUAUGAUAUUCUUUUGAAUACAUGCGAAUGA